GUGAGAGAGAGAGAGACAGAGAGAGAGGGGGAUCUGUGUCUAGUGCAGUCAGCAGGAAAGUCGCUCACUACCUUGUUUCACGGACAGGACAGAAAGUGUGUAAGUCAGCCAUGCGUCUCUGAGCACUAGCACUAGCAUGCAGAACAUUCCAGAGAAGAGGAGAGACACGGGAAUCCUGCGAGAGCCCCAGAUGUCCCAUGAUGGUGAAGGUCACAGGAGCUCCAUUGGGGACGCUGACACAAGACAGGUGUUUGAGAAGCAGGCCGACACUGAGCAGGAGACCCUGAUGAUGGAGCUUACACGACUGGUGCAGAAGAGUUUGCGAGAGAGCAGCUGGUGGGAGAGGAGGGGUAUAGACUGCACCAUCCUGACUGCAGCGUUCAUCACUUUGCCUGCAGGGUUCCUGUUGUUGGGUUCGUCUCAGCUGCUGUAUUUCCUGUUGGGUCUGCUCAUUAUGGGCGUGGCACAUGCCGUCAUCACUGUUAAAGGGGCGCACAUGGCCAGUCACGGAGCGCUCAGCGAGUCUCCGACCUGGGCCAAAUUCUGGGCUGUUUUCUUUAUCGAAGUGUGCGGGUCGUUCUCUGCGAGGGCAGGUGUACAAGCACAUGUUAAGAUGCAUCAUGCUUACACUAAUGUGAUUGGUCUGGGAGACUCCAGCACCUGGAAAAUCCCCUUCCUGCCUCGAUCCGUCUACCUGUUCAUCGCCCCUCUGGCUGUCCCAGUCAUCACUCCUGUCGUAGCCAUGGGUCAAAUGAAGGGUCAGUCUCCAUCCCAGAUUGUACGCACAGUGUUGUGUGUGUGUCUGGGCUUUUUCUCUCAGUAUUACCUGCUCAGGUGUGUGUCGGGGCUGUCGUGCAGCUCUGCUCUGCUGGUCAUGCUGCUGUGUAGAGCCAUGUUCUCCCUGCCGUACAUACACGUCAACAUAUUUCAGCACAUCGGUCUGCCAAUGUUCUCUUCAACCUGUCGACCCAAACGGAUCUAUCAGAUGACUCACGGUGUUCUGAAUCUUCCUCGAAACCCUCUGCUGGACUGGACGUUCGGUCAUUCCCUCAUCAACUGCCACGUAGAGCAUCACCUCUUCCCAUACCUGUCUGACAACAUGUGCCUGAAGGUGAAGCCCAUAGUGUCUCAGUAUUUAAAGGAAAAGCAGUUGCCUUAUCAGGAGGACAGUUACCUCUCGCGCCUGAGUCUGUUCUUCCACAAAUAUCAGGAGCUGAUGGUGUUUGCUCCGCCCAUCACGGAACUGGUGGGAGUGCAGUAACACAGGGAGAAGAGGAUUGAAUGAACAGAUAAAGAGGAGGAGAAAAGAGAACAUGGACACAGAAGGGAAGACCAUUGUGCUUUUCCAAAUGCUUAAUUGGUGCAUGAAUACAAUGUUAGAAUUAAGAAGCGAUCAGAAGAGCAGGUUUAGCAGAGAUGAUCCUUUAAUUUAAAGACCCCAUGAAAUGGGGCAAUUUUCUUUCUUAUUUUGACGUAUGUCCUUGAAACAGGAAGGGCUUGACCUUUUUUAAAUAGCCUAUAGCCUUAAUUUUUUGUCACAGUCAUGCACCGUGAUUGGCUACUUAGUUUCGCUUAUCAGCAGUCAGUAUUAAGCCGUAUUUUCACUGCAUCUGACAAAUAACAAAUGAGAGCAGAAGUUGUUAAUCUCUAAUGAAGAGUCGCACGAUCUGAGCUUUGGAUGCAUUGAAAUAUGUCAACAUAUGUGACUAGACCAUAUGCAACCACCCGACUGGAUGUGACAUAUUGGGUAAUUCUUACAAAACUGGUCAAGAAAAUGUCCUUGCCAUUUAUUUAUUUUUUACUCCAAAAUCAAAAGAAACAAAUGAGAAAUUAUAUUUUGCAUAUAAAAAUGAAGCCUACUGUAUUUUUAGAGCCAUUAAGAUUUUUAACAUUAACAACGUUAUGCACAUUCUCCACCCCCCCCCCCCCCAAGCUACAUAAAAUG